UCAGAUAUGCAAAAAGAUGGCUGCGCCCUUUCGUCAUGUUCGUGUGCGUCUGUUUGUAACGACCUGACGACACGACGUAGACUGACGAAGUGCUAUCUUGAGUGAAUUUGUUUUGUUUAUCACUGCAGUUUAAUCAAGUCUUUUAAAGUCAUGGUCUGUGAAAAGUGUGAGAAGAAACUUGGAAAAGUUAUAACUCCUGACCCAUGGAAAUCUGGAGCCAGGAACACAACUGAGAGUGGUGGGCGGAAGGUUGGAGAAAACAAGCUACUUACUGGCAAGAAAGCAAGAUAUAAUCCUUACACCACACAGUUUAACAAGUGUCGGAUAUGUAAGCAGUCUGUGCACCAAGUCGGCUCACACUACUGCCAGGGAUGUGCUUAUAAAAUAGGAAUCUGUGCAAUGUGCGGCAAGAAAAUCCUGGACACAAAGAAGUACAAGCAGACAUCAGUAUAGCUAGUGCAUCGGAAAUGCUCUUUUGACGUUAUUUUAACUUCAGGGCUACCCCUCAAGUAUUGCCCACUUUGUACAGUGAACAGAACCUUUUUUGAGCAGUGUUAGUCCCCACUGCAGCAGAACACUGCGAGAGGCUCUGGGAUUUGCACAAAUCAGAGCAUGCGAUGCAUCAGCCUUAUCUGUUGUUCCAUCAUUAUGGACAGAUCUGAUGGCUUUUUCUCCAUUCACUGCGAAGCACUGAAAAUAGGUGGUGCCCAUUGACUGUAAAAAGGUACUGUAAAGUCUGAGGUGCUUCUUCUAUUUAUAGAUGCAUCAAACAUAUCAAAGUUGUGACUAUGUAUCAAGAAAAAUCAAACUUUUUGCAAAUUCUGAUGCGUAUGCUGAAAAAGGAGCAAUUUAUAGUCACCUGAUAAAUGCGAAUGUUGACAGAGUACCUGAAAAUCAACAAAAAAAGGCAUUAUGCGAUUGUAGUGGCUACCAGACCUCAAGGUGUCUCCUAAUUGUCCAUGUCUUUUUGAUUAUGUUAGCCCUUGUGUGACGUGACCAGUGUACACGAAGUUGAGACAUCACAAGACCAAUCAACAGAAUGCUUUUGUUGCAGUUCGUUUGAAUAGCUUGUGACUUGAAUUCAGACUGGAGGUCUUCUGUUGGUCUAUGUGAAGGUCUUAAGCGGUCUCGACUACAACACUGGGUCACAUGACAGCCUUGCAGAAAUGCUAGCACAAGGGUUAAGAGUCACAUUUGUCAUUUUUGGGGUGUAUGUUGUAUGUUUUGGGGAUGUAUAUUCAGUAAAAAAAUUGUCAAAUUUGUGGCUUGACAAAACUGAUGCUCAACUGUAACUAUGAAAUGUUAAAAGAGUUGGGUCCAGCCAUGUUUGAGGGCCAGUUCUCUUUCUUUGAACUUGGCUCAACAAUAUCUGCACAGGCCCAAAGGAUUUCAGAAUUUCAAACAGAGGGAACAAAUUUUUUGUCAGGAUUUCUUUCAGGAUGUUACUGGUUACGGGGCCACAGAGGCAACAGUUUUCUGUUUUUGCAUACCCAUGUGUGUACUGAAAUGGUGUAAAGACAUGUUUGACAUUGUAUCUUGCUGAAGUGCUGUUCCUGAAAAGCGACUGAUAGCUUGACCCAGACCACGAUGUACCUGUUCCAAGAGCUUACUGUGUAAUAACUUCUGUACAAAACAAAUUAUUUCUGAGACCUGCAUGCAGGGCGGUUUUCUUCAAGGGCUAAAUUCAAAAUGACAGUAGACCGAUUGCGUCCGGUAAGUCACAUGACCUAUAGUUGGUAUCAAAUAUCCAACAAGCCGAUGGUCGGUACUGAACUCGAACUAAAGUGCCAAGUACUAUAGCAAAAAUCGGCUUUCUUUUUACGAAGCAACACGUAGAGCACACUUUGCUAUGGGAGGAUACCAUGUUUGUUGAUGUUUGAUACCUGCCGUAGGUCACAUGACUUAGCGGGUGCAUUCUGUCCACUCCAACUGAUACCUUUUGAAGCAGAGUCAUUGCCCCAUUGUGUUGUAUUUUAAUGCACUCUCCUGAUCUCUGUGGGACUGACAGUGGGUUCCUUAUUGCACAUUCUGGCAUGAGUCGGAAAACUGCAAACCUCUGAUACGUGAUGAGCACUUUUUCCCCUUGUACAUUGAUAUUGAGUAGCAAUCCCACUCUCGGGUGACCGAUGCUCUAUGGCAGUCGUGUGCAACACUGGAUACUGAUUUAAACAUCUCAACAUACUUACUCUGUAGUUAUGGGGACUUCCAACACAUUGAAACAUGUAUUUGUCCCCACAACUCGGUCUUUACUUCCUUAGCAAAAGGAAGUGUCUCCUCAACAUGGUAAAGGCCUGCUGUUCACACACACUCUAGGUUUUGUGGGUUUAAAACCAGACACCCAACAAAAAAAAAUCAGGCCACUUCACAUUUUUUAUUAGAUUGGAGGCAUUGCUUGUGGUUUAAUCAUUUCCAGAACUGCUGAAGGUGCAUAAUGAAUAGUAAAAUGGUGAAUUAAAGAUGCAUCAGCUGAAAUUCACUCACACCUCAUUAACGUCAGUGGCUUAUCUCUCUAGAAUAGUGAAGGAAGCUCACAGCAUUGUGGGUAGCAUAUUACCAUAAUCCACACAAAUACGGGUACAGUGUUUGCGCACAUAUUGUGCACAUAAAGUUUUGAACUUAGAUCACAGGCUACAUGAUAUCUAGCCAAUAACAUCUCAAUAGAGAUUAGCAAAUGCCAGCAUCCAUCUGUAGCAGUGGGUACCAGUGAAUGUUAAAGAAUACAUGUACCCCCACACACUGCAAAAUAUACCUUCGGUAUCAACAACAUACAGAAGUGUAUUUUUGAGACCUUUCUGGAGAGCCUGAUCUAUUCAUUAUCUUUGUUUACAUGUACAUAUUAAUUAAUAAUUAUUCAUACAUGUGUUAACUACAAAUCAGGAAUAUCUCUGCCUCCAACUUUGCAGGCUAAGGUGUAACAGUAAGGUCCCAUUCAAACAGGCAAGUGAUAAGCAGAGACAGCAACAGAAAUAUGAAGUGCGAUGUUUUACAUUUACACUCAUAUAAUGUGGAAACUGGUCGGUAUGUCAGGUUUUUUUUACUGGCCUUCCGUGAUAACAACAAGCACUCAGAAGAAUUGAAGACAUGACAGGGAGGCGCUCAACUUUGCCACUCAAUCCAUGAUGUAACUAAUGAGACCGCCGACUGGCCAAAAAUUUCACUGCUGUGUCUUUCAAAAACUGCACAUUUCUAUGUACAGUCGUCCUAUUCUGUGUUUUGCCCACUCUCCUUUACGUAGAAAGUUGUUAAGGUUAUCGCUUGCUGUGUAAAUAGGCCCUAAGAGUGUUACAGCUUGGCCUUUAGACAACACUUAAUAAUGUUGAUGUCACUGUAUGCACUCGGCAUCUACAGUAAAGGUGUGGCUGCCAUUGUUUUGAUACUUGUUCCUCCUCUAUGAAUGACAGGUGUCAAUUUGUGUAUCCAGCAUAGUUCAUUUGUGAAUAAAUGGUUAACGCCCCAAGUAGGUAUGUAC